GAUUUGAGUGAGGGCAGCAGGGAAGCCGAGUGUGCUGUCUGGAGCGUCUUCUCUCCUUCCACUUUUAUUAUCUAUUUCGACCCUGCAUGUCUGCGAGCACCCUGCCUGAAAUAUAAAAUCACAUAUCUCACUGGCAAGGUAGAAUCCAGACAGGCCUGAGUGGUGCAUCUUAGGAAUGAUGUCACUACCCAGCUGAGGUUGAGGCAGCAUGGGGGGGAGUCACAGGCGAGGAGUGCGCAUCCUCCUCCUAGGGGAUGCAGGCGUGGGGAAGACGUCGCUCAUCCUCUCACUAGUGUCAGAGGAAUUCCCCGAGCAAGUACCCCCACGUGCUGAGGAAAUCACCAUCCCACCUGAUGUCACACCGGAGAAGGUUCCCACACACAUUGUGGAUUAUUCAGAGAGAGAACAAAAUGUGGAACAGCUGCGUGCAGAGAUUAACCGAUCAGAUGUCAUCUGCAUCGUGUACAGUGUGGAAGAUGAGGAUACCUUAGACCGAGUUACGGGUCACUGGCUGCCCCUUAUCAGGUCAACACUAGGUCAACAGCACCAAACACCAGUUAUCUUAGUUGGAAAUAAGGUUGACCUGGUGGAUUAUUCUACAAUGGAAAUUGUGCUACAAACUAUGAUGGAAUAUCCAGAAAUUGAAACCUGUGUAGAGUGUUCUGCAAGAACCUUGAAAAACAUAUCAGAGAUGUUUUACUAUGCUCAGAAGGCAGUGUUACACCCUACGGCGCCAUUGUACAUUUUAGAAGAGAGAGAUCUGACAGAAAAGUGUAAGAAAGCAUUAAUUAGAAUUUUUAAGAUCUGUGACACAGACAACGACAAUCUCCUUAACGACCAGGAACUAAAUGCUUUUCAACGGAGGUGUUUCAAUGCGCCACUUAACCCCCAGGCCCUAGAAGAGCUCAAGACAGUUGUCCGGCGCAAUGUGUCUGAUGGUGUCCACAGUGACUCGCUUACUUUGCGGGGUUUCCUCUUCCUGCACCGCCUCUUUAUCCAGAGAGGACGUCAUGAAACUACCUGGACUGUCUUACGGAGAUUUGGCUAUAAUGACAACCUGCAGCUCACCAAGGACUACCUCUUCCCACCCAGUCUCCGUGUGCCACCAGGAUGCAGCACGGAGCUCAACCAUGCCGGCUACUCAUUCCUCAGUAACCUCUUUGAAAAAUACGAUCGGGACAGCGAUGGGGCCCUUAGCCCACAGGAGCUCAUUGACCUCUUCUCUACCUGUCCCAUCAUGCCAUGGGGUCCUGAUGUGCUAAAUUCAGUUCAUACAAAUGAGAAGGGAUGGAUUACGUUACAGGGAUACUUGGCGCAGUGGACAUUGUGGACUCUACUUGACGUUCAGAGGACACUAGAGUACUUUGCUUACCUUGGAUAUUCUGGGACAGGAGAUGACAACCAGCUAUCUGCCAUCACAGUAACGCGUGAGAAGCGGAUAGAUCUCCAGAAGAAGCAGACUAUGCGGAAUGUCUACCAGUGCCAUGUGAUUGGGCCUCGUGAUAGUGGCAAGACAACGUUCUGUCAGGGCCUCCUUGGAAGAUCUUUAGAGGAAGUACAAGAAAUCCCAGAAGAAAAGUUGUCACGCCACACCAUUAGCACGUUACAAGUUUAUGGGCAAGAGAAAUACCUCGUCUUACAUGAUAUUGAUGUUCACAACAUCACGGAUGCCCUAAUGCCCAAUGAGGUGCAGUGUGAUGUUGCCUGCCUGGUGUAUGAUGUCUCGAAUCCAAAAGCUUUUGAAUACGUCGCUAGAAUAUAUCUAAAAUACUUUAGCGAGUCGUCCAUCCCAGUAUUGUUUGUAGCCAACAAGAGUGACAUGUCCCCUGUGCGGCAGGACUAUAUCCUCCAACCCACAGCCUUCUGCCACAAGCACAAGCUUCCUCCUCCCCACAUUUUCUCCUCUGCCAGUCAACCCAAGAAGGACAUAUACACCAAAUUGGCUACCAUGGCUGCUUACCCUCGAUUUCAAGCUGCUUGGAUGCUCUUUUACCGAAGCAGCACUCUUCGUCGUUUAGUUCACAUGCUUCUUUUGCGUCCAGAUCCUUCUUAUGUGGCAAGACAUCUGAAGCAGCUGGGCGUGGUGGUGGGUGAGCACAGCACUUGGCUCAAGGUUGGCCUGGGCGUAGCUGCCAUUGCUGCCUUUGCGCUCCUCCUUGCCAGGGCUCUCAGGUCGGGAGAGAGAUAGUCACCCGAGGCCCAGCAUGCUAGUCCUUUGUAGUGUAAACAGAAAGAGAAAGCUGGUUGGGAUAAAUGUCAGUUGUAUAAAAGGACAGAUAAAGAUAGUUGGUGAGACACAGGGGUGGGAGGAUAUGGAAGGGAAGGGAAGGGGAAGGGGAAGGACAUCUUUCUUUCCUUAUGCAGCUGCAACAUCUUGCAUAAGACUAGUUCUUACAGAUAUUAACAUUAUGGUAGGUGCAAGAAUGCAUUAUAAUUUAUAUGCUAUUGUAUGAUAAGGGGAUAUUUUUUUAGAAAUGUGUUUUGGUAUUCAAGAACUAAUGGAUUCACAAUUCUUGCUUGUCAUGAAAACUUUUUUAUACUUUUUUUUUUUCCUUUUCAUUAUUUUUUAUGUGCCUGGAAAUUGGCAAUUGCAGUGGAUUACUCAUGUAAUGAGAAUUGGUCUUGAAAUUAAAUGUGAUUUAUAAAUCUACUUUUACACUUAUAUAUGUGGUGUGUGUACUUUUUCAAUCAUGCCAAAACUUUCAUUGUGUAUAUGUAAUUUACACAAAUGUAAAUAAAAGCAGAAUAUAUUAGUUUUAUGUAAUUUCUCAACCUGUAAAUUAGAGAAAAACAAAAACAAAACAAGUUAAACAUUGGUGACCUAAAUCUGGCAUAUCUACAUUAAUUCAAUUCCCAUUUAUCGCUAAAAAGUUGCACAAGAAACAGUGGGCCACAUAUUUGUUAAAGGCCAUUCAUUUCAAUACUUGUGAAGUCUUGUGCAGCAGUUGGAGGUUUUGUGAAGUACUGUUACCUUUCCAGAAGGAAAUCCUCAAUUGUUUGCUAUUCAACACAUAAGCAAACAGUUAUAAUUUUCAAAGCAACUUGGGAUAUUUAGAGAUUUUUAAAGAUGGUACAAGAAUGGUGCACCCUCCCCCUUCCCACCAUCUUCCAUGUUUUUGGAAUAUUGCAACAAGGUAUAAAACAAAAAUAGAAUCAUGUAUAAUAUUCUCUAUUGUUGGUUGAUAUAGAUACAUCACUGCAUCACAAUUGUUUGUACAAAACCAUUUUUCUAUUGUUGAUACAGACAUCCCAAGGUCACACUAAAAUAAACAGGAGCAUAUUGGACAUAAUUUGCUAGCAUUCCAAUAAUUAGGCUAAUUGCAAGGAAAGUUAAUUUACCUUAAAUAUCAAUUUAAUUUUAUUGAGGAGAAGGUAGCAAGGGCUUCAACUUAAUCUUUACUUUCACAUUAUAAAAAAGGGAAAGGAUAAUUCUUAUCUCCAUUUCUUGGAUAAAUCCACAAAUUUAUAGUCAAAGGAUUUUUAUUAUUAUUAUUAUUAUUAUUAUGCAUAUCCAGGUCCAAAUGUUAAACCCAUCAUUGUUAAGCAAGAUUUAGAGAAAAACAAUAAGACAUUGAAUCUGUACAGUUUUCAAAUAUGCAACCAUUUGUAAAUUCCAUAUAAUAAAGUUAUCACCAAUUUAAUUCUUGUAUUUUAACUUCUAAGAACUUCCUUAAAGUAAAUUCUCACAGUUCAUAUCUACACUGAUGAAACAUGUACAUAGAUACCUACACCAUACAAACUUUAUAUGAAUAUUCAAUGCACCAUAAAUAUAUGAUGAAUUGUGUGUGCUUUUAUGAUGAACAAAAACUAGAAUAAUGGUAAAAAUAGUUUAUUACUUAAUAUCCAUUAAUGACUCAGUGGAGGAAAUAUAUUUGUAGGAACAGGUACAUAAGGGAGGGGGGUGAAAAUAUACAGUAUACCUAAAAAUAAACACUUCCCGGGAAGAUAGAUUCUCUUGUCCGAGGAUAUCUUUUCUUGACUGUUAGAUCACUGAGAAGGUUCAAAUAAAAAAAAAAAAAGUAAA